AUGACGAAAGAGCUGCAUAGAAAUGAUUCAGAGUUGACAGAGUUUAUCCUGCUGGGAUUCAGAACAUCUCCAGAAGUACAGAUUCUCUUAUUCUUACUGUUUUUACUUAUCUACAUCGUUAUUGUGCUGGGAAAUAUCAGCAUGUUAAUUGUCAUUACAGUAGACUCCAGACUUCACACACCUAUGUAUUUCUUUCUCAAAAAUUUGUCUUAUUUAGAUCUCUGCUACUCCACAGUCAUUGCUCCCAAAACUCUGGCUACUUUCUUGUCCAAGGAAAAGAAAAUUUCCUAUAAUGGCUGUGCAACACAAUUCUUUUUCUUUGCUCUCUUUGUUGGAACUGAAGGUUUUCUUCUGGCUGUGAUGGCUUAUGAUCGCUUCUCAGCCAUUUGCUCACCUUUUCUCUAUACUGUACGUAUGUGUCAUCAGGCUUGUGUUCGUUUAGUGUUUGGCUCCUAUCUCUGUGGGUGCAUCAACUCCAUGAUACAAACAGGGUUCACAUUCAGUUUGCGCUUUUGUGGAGAAAACAGACUGGACCACUUUUUCUGUGAUGUCCCUGCCUUGAUCAAGAUCUCAUGUGUUGACACCUUUGUGAAUGAGAUUGUGCUGUUUAUUCUCUCUGCUCUCAUCAUCAUCACCACCACGACUGUCAUUCUGAUUUCCUAUGCUUACAUCCUCUCCACUGUCCUGAAGAUCCCCUCGACCCAUGGCAGAAGCAAGACCUUUUCUACUUGCAGCUCUCACAUUACUGUGGUGAGUUUAUUCUAUGGAACUGUGUUCUUCAUGUAUGCCCAACCUGGGGCCAUCUCCUCACCAGAGAAAAGCAAGAUUAUAGCUGUCUUCUACACUCUUAUCAUCCCUAUGCUAAAUCCUCUGAUUUAUAGUCUAAGAAACAGAGAGGUGAAAAAUGCUUUGAAAAAGAUAUUUUUGAGAAAAAUAUCUUUACACUGA